AUGGUUGAAGAUGAUACAUUGGUCGUUGAAGUCCAGUACAACGGGAACUUCUUCUCGAGACCAUUUACGUAUUUUGAUCCAGAUAAAAAGGAGAUAAGGUACGCCGAUUUCAGGGACAAAGGGUAUUCUGAAUUCAUUGCUCACCUAGAGAUGAUUACUAGAAAGAUGUGCAAAGAUGUAUACUAUUGUCCAGAUGGCCAAACAUUGUGUCAAGGAUUGGCCACAUUGCAAAACGAUUGUGAUUAUCAUGAAUUUCUUGAGUAUCUUCAUGAGAAAAAGAAAGUAACUAUGUAUGUGGACCAUAUGCAUGAACCCCUAUUUGACUGGAUUGAAAUGGAAGAGCCUGAAAUUGAAGAUGAUACCAACUCCAACGAAGACGAAGUUGAUGUAAUAGAUAAAGAGGGUUGGGAACACGAGGUGGAUGAUGAGGAGUUUUCUAUGAAAAGGGAAAGAGCAAGUAUUCAGAAGCAAGACAGCUUUUUGAACAAACUUUUCCCUAAUGAUGACGAGGAAGAAGAUCCUAAUGUUGCAAGUACCUCCUGUAUACCUUGUGCACAAUUAUGA